AGAGAGAGAGAGAGAGAUUGAGUACUCCAGUCUCUGGAAGGAGAAACAUCAACCGGUUUCCAUCUGAUUUAAUCUUAUUUAUUUGGGAAUAUACCCCCUUAUCGAUCAAUAAGGAUACUUCCUUGCAGAGGGAACUUUGUGCAGCAUCCUCUCUAGCGGAAACGAGGACUAACUUACUUUCUAUUUCCCAAGAUAUAAUUAUAUGAUCAUAUAUGAGCUGCGUUCAUUCACAAGUGGUGUUGUGGCUCCUCGGAUGCGCGAGGCACACGGUGUCCCUUCAGAAGAGAAAAAGCAAAAACAGGACGAGCUGCGGAAGGAAUACAAAUUAUACUUUUGAAAGAAAACGCUCCGAGAAGGAGAAGAAUGAGUAAAAAGUGCCGGUGAGGAGCCUUAAAAAAGCGAAGAGGAUUCAGUGUGUUCUGUGCCAGGCUGCUGUCAACUUCCUGAGGAUUCAAAGACAUACAGAAAAGUGUGAUCUGCGACUAUAAACGCAGGGAUGACAGUCAAACUGGACUUUGAGGAGUGUUUGAAAGACUCCCCCCGCUUCAGAGCUGAAAUUGAAAUGGUCCAAACCGAUGUGAGUGAACUCGAGACACGAUUAGAAAAGCUUGUGAAACAAUGCCAUGCCAUGCUGGAGGCCGGCAGAGUCUACUGCCAGACCAGCAAGAGCUUCGUCAACGGCCUGCGGGAGCUGGGACACCAAUGCUCCGGGGAAAAGACCAUGGAGGAGUGUUUGGACAAAUUUUCCAAAAAGCUGUCUAUCAUCUUGGACGCCCAGGGGGAAGCGAUUGAAACCACACAGAAGACGGUCAAGACGAAGCUGCAGAACUUUGUGAAAGAGGAUGUUCGUCGGUUUAAGGAUGUACGCAAGGAGUUUGAGCGCAGCAGUGAAUGCCUGGAGGGGGCGCUGGUGAGGAACGCUCAGGCCCUUCGAGGGAAACCUCAUGAAGUGGAGGAGGCCAGCAACGCUCUGCUGAACGCACGCAGGACCUUCAGGUCGGAGGCCCUGGAUUACGUCCUGGAGAUUAACGUCAUUGAGGCCAAGAAGAAGACAGACAUCCUGAUGGCAAUGUUGUCACUGAUGGAGGCCCAGGCUCAGCUCUUCCAACACGGCCACCAGUCUCUCUCAGAAAUGGACGAGUAUAGACGAAAACUCAAUGAAGAGCACACUCAGUUUGUCCUCAACUCAGCCCGGGAGAAGAGGGACAUGGAGCAAAGACACGCAGCAAUCAAGAAGAAGGAUGUGUCCUAUGAUGACUCCAUCAUGGAUUUUAAACCUGACGCACCAAAUGGGAUCGCCAUGGAGGGAUACCUCUAUAAAAGAGCCAGCAACGCCUUCAAGACCUGGAGCAGGCGUUGGUUUUCUAUUCAGAAAAAUCAGCUGGUGUAUCAGAAGAAAUUCAAGGAACAACCUACAGUUGUGGUGGAGGACUUGCGUCUCUGCACGGUCAAGCCUAGUGCAGACAACGAGAGGCGGUUUCUGUUUGAAGUGGUCUCCCCGUCCAAGAGUUGUAUGUUGCAGGCAGACUCAGAAAGGCAGCAGCAGGCGUGGAUCAGUGCCGUUCAAAACAGCAUCGCAUCGGCCUUUCAGGAGCACAGAGAGGACACACAUAGCCCAAGACAGCGCUGCAGCUCAGUGUCAGCCAGCAAUUUGAUAGGAGGGGGGGCGGGGGGGGAACAGGAGAGUAAGGUGUGCAAGGCGCUGGAGGAGGUCCAGGCGAUCGUGGGGAACAAGCAGUGCUGCGACUGCGGAGAGCCCGGUCCCGAUUGGGCCUCCAUCAACCUGGGCAUCACGCUCUGCAUCGUCUGCUCAGGAAUACACAGGAGCCUGGGAGUCCAUUUUUCCAAAGUGCGCUCCCUCACACUGGACUCCUGGGAGCCGGAGCUUAUUAAGCUGAUGUGUGAAUUAGGAAACUUGGUAAUCAACAGGAUCUACGAGGCCCGCAUUGAUGAGAUCACCAUCAAGAAGCCCCACCCCACCAGUCCCAGAGGAGACAAGGAGUCAUGGAUCCGGUCAAAGUACGUUGAAAAGAAGUUCAUCCAAAAGCUGCCCGAGACCGGCAGGGCGGCCCUGCAGCGGAGGAACCGCGCGCUCACUCAGGAGAGGAACACACAGCGGCCGGCGCUCAAACCCAAGCCGAACCGAGCCACGCUGCCUCGUCUCCCAGGACUGAGCCCGAGCCCCAGCCCCACUGACCUUGUCCCGAAGAACAAUACACACAAAGAAGUGGAGGAGGAGGAAGAGGAGGACCUGAGCGGGCUGCACCCCGGGGCGCUGCUGUAUCGAUCAGCAGCUCUGCAGAACUUCCCUGUCAUGGCCGACGCUCUGGCCCACGGAGCCAACGUCAACUGGGUCAACGUGACCGAGGAGUCCAGCACGCCUCUGAUCCAGGCCGUCUCUGCGAAUGCCCUGGCAGCCUGUGAGUUCCUGCUGCAGAACGGAGCCAACGUCAACCAGGCAGACAGCAACGGGAGAGGACCGCUGCACCACGCCACCAUCCUGGGUCACACUGGGUUGGUUUGUCUCUUCUUGAAGCGGGGAGCAGACUACAACGCCAGAGACAAGACACAGAAAGACCCCAUAUCUAUCGCCGUGGACACCGCCAACGCUGACAUCGUCACUCUGCUGCGGAUCGCCAAAAUGAACAAGGAGAUGCGGGAGAUGGACGGAGCGUUUGGCCAAUCAGGUGAUGAAACCUACCAGGAUAUAUUCAGGGACUUUUCUCACAUGGCCUCGAACAACCCAGAGAAGCUCAAACGCCGCAGUGCCGAUCCCAAAUCGUACCCUGCCUGAACCACAUUUCACACGAUCAUGCUUUCCAUCACACAGAAAACAUGGAUCAUAGGUUCUCGCCGGCAUGCAGACACACAUUUCUCCUGGCCACCUGCCACAUGUUUAGUCAUAGCUCAGCUGGUGUUGACUUCAGAGGGGAUGAACGCUCCGAACAGGGAAUUCUUUGUGUGACACGUCAGAGCAGAACAAUGUGGGAACACUGGAGCAGCUUAAUGAGAGCAGCAUGAGGUGUCUUUAUGUGAAGCAGAGGGAAACGCCAUCACUCUGCCAAGGUUUCUUAAUUAAAUCUGGUAAAUCUUUUAUUUUCUUUAACUAAAAGGGCUUUUUUUUAUGAUCCUCUGCCAUUUCUAUACAGUUGUUACGUGAAAAAGUGAAAGUGUUUGUUGGAAAAUCUGUUGCAAUUGUACAAUUUUCAUGUCAACUGUCUUCCAGGGAGUUGUAAUGUAUACAGCUUUUUACAUUUGGGAUAUUUGUUGGCACCUUUGCUUGAGGUACUUGAGUUUUUGUACAAUGAUCAAAUAAACUGCAAUACAAACAUUA